AUGAAGUUAAGCAAAAUGAAUGAGGAUGAAGCAGCACUCUUAUUUGAGCAAAGGUAACCACUACAUAUCCUAUCAUGAGGAAAAAUAAACUUAUUGGAAAUUUAAUCGAACAAUAUUCAAAAGUCCAAAAGUAACAACCAUUAUCUAAAUAUAAUAUUCUAUCCAAACAUGAUCAACCUAAAUUAUAUGAAAAAAUCAAUCCAUUAUAUGAUGAUUGUAUUGAAGGUAAUUCAAAAGAAGGUCAAUUAAAAAAAAUAGUUAAGAAUUCAUUAUUAAAAGAAAUUGGGAAUAUUGAUAUUGAAAUACAAAAAAUGAACAAUGAACAUAAUAAUAAUAGAAAUAAACCAAUCUAUUUAGAAAAAUAAAAUUCUUAUUCUAAAAUUGUUAUCAAAACAAUCAAUUAAACUGAAUUAUCCAAAUCUGAAUAAAAAACUUCUAUUCAAAAUAAAAAUCAAAGCUAUUAUACUAAUAGAUAAAAAUCUAAUAAAAUCAAUUCUGUUGCAGAAAACUCUUAUUCUAAACUUGCAGAAUCUAUUCGCAACUAUUCAAAUCAAAAAAAGGUUGAUGAUCCAAAAACUAAUGUUUAAUCCAAACCUUAUGAUUUUCUUUAAAUCAAAUCCUAAUCUGAUACAAAAUUUAUUAAACAAAAACCUAAAUCAAUUAACAUUGAAACUAAUAUUACCAAAUCUAAUUAAAUGAUUUCUAGUGAACGUAAAAUACCUAAACCACCUCUUAAAUAAUAAUCUUAAAAGAGAAAUUCAGAAAGUGAAAAAACAUUACCUGUUAAAACCAUUUUAAAAUAAACUUCCAACCAUACAUAUGAUUUAAGUUCUACUAAAGCUAAUACUACACAAUAAGUAAUAUUUAGCGUUUAAUCUUUAGUUUUAUUAAAAUAAAAAUAAUAAUUGUCAUAAAAGUUAAAACAAUAGUUAGAUUGGAGAUUACAAGAUUAUAGAAGCUGUCAAUAUUUACAAAACACUCAAAUAAUUAGUGGAUUCUAAAGAAUAAUUUCAUUAAAAACAUUCUACCACUUUACUUUAACAAAAAACUUCAACUUUAUUGGUAUUUAUUUAUUAUAAUUAUUUUUAAUAGUCUCAUCAGAAAGUCAAAUAAAAAUCAUGA